UUUUGUUCAGUGGAGGGACUGCUGUAUGUCAGCCAUGCUAAAGGGCAAGUGAUGGAGAUAAGCAUGAGAUCACCGUGGCACAGCUGCAUGUGUAGUCACUCUUGAAGCAAUUGCACACCUAAUUGGCUGACAAUCUUGGCAUUUUUAAAACAAACACCAGCCUUUUAAAGACAGGGGACGUAUUUAUGUAUGAAUAGUUAAAAUAAACCUGUUGGGUGUCAUCAAUGGAGCCCUCUGGCACUGAACAGUUGUGUGAUGACCCUGAUCCUGGAGGCAAAUCACAAGAUCAAGAGACCAAAAAACAACAUGAAUCAGAGCAAAAAUUAUCCAAAAUAACCCAUAAUGCUUUGGAGAACAUUAAUGUGAUUGGUCAAGGCCUGAAGCACCUUUUCCAGCAUCAGCGCAGGAGGUCCUCAGUUUCUCCGCAUGAUGUUCAGCAAGCUCAGGCUGAUCUGGAGCCUGACACGGAUUUGGAAAGCCAAAGCGUCUGUGCUGAAAUUGAUGGUGUCUCCACCCACCCCACAGCUCUGAAUCGGGUGCUUCAGCAGAUCAGAGUGCCACCUAAAAUGAAGAGAGGGACAAGCCUGCACAGCAGGCGGGGCAAGGCAGAUGCCCUGAAGGGAAGCCCGCAGAUCAACAGGAGGUCUGCCCAAGAUACUCAGUCAGGUCGGCCCAGAUCGUCAUCUACUACAGAUGCUCCCACAAACUUGUCCGUGAUGGAGGUUGCUUCUUCUGUCUAUGUAGGUGGAGAGGAGGCCACAGCAGCAGCA